UUCUCUUAAACUACAGCUGUCAGUUUCAUGAAUCUCGUGUCUUUUCAAAUGUGAAAUCUGUAUUUUCAAUCAGAUAUUGCUCAUUAAUACGUAGAGGUGCAGGUUGGUGAACGCAUUUCAGUUCCUCUGAACUGGUUGGACAAGCCGCACCUGUGGAAAGAAAAGGAGUUCUUGUCGCGCAGGUGAUCACUCCAUUUUAGCGCUUUGUGCUGGACGGUCGAAAAACUUGGGAAGGUCAUUGUUCACACGGCUUUUCUCGAUUUCAACUAUGAAGAUUUGGAUUGCACUUGUUCUUGCGACUUUCGCAGUAUGUGCUACAGGUCAAUGUCCACAAUGCUCAACAAUGAAGUGGGCUAUGUGUGAUGUCCCCUCAUGCCAAUGUAGCCUUACAAUGGGAGUGAAUGUUCACCAACCCCUGAACUGCACUGCAUUGGUCCCCAAAUGCUUCUUAAUGAAGACUGAGAUGUACCGUGCUAAGGCUGGCCUGUCCACUCGUUCUGGGGGAAAGCCUGUUGAGAGCGCCUUUGUGGACAAUGAUGGCAUCUACGACCCUGACUGUGAGACCACUGGUGCCUUCCGGGCCAAGCAAUGCAACAACACAGAUACGUGUUGGUGUGUGAACAGUGCUGGUGUGCGCCGGACUGACAAGGGAGACGCUAGCCUCAAGUGUGAGAAGCUGGUGGAAACCUAUUGGGUUCGCUUACAGCUCAAGCACAAGGCUGUAAGCACUCCUUUGAAUUCUUCAGUUUUGCAGAGUGCCAUUGCAACUGCCAUCCAGGCCCGUUACUUCCUCGACCUAACCCACGUGAAGGAAGAGGUGCAGUAUGACCCUGAUGCACGCCUGAUCUUCGUUGACCUCAAGAAGGAGAAGACUGACCGCACCACAGACCUGUCACGGGUGGCCUACUACAUGGAGAAAGACGUGAAGUUGGAUCCCCUGUUUUUAGAGCAGGCUAGGUUGACGCCUGUCGUGAAUGGUCAGACGGUUGAGAUGGAAGACAUCUUGGUGUACUAUGUGGACGUGGAUCCCCCCACCUUCACCAUGAAGAAGCUCACUGGCGGCAUAAUCGCUGUCAUCGUGGUAGUUAUCUUGGCUGUUGUCGCCGGGCUGCUGGUCGUUUUCUUGGCGAGGAGGCGAGAGCAGAAGUACAGCAAGGCAGAGCCCCGGGAGAUGGAAGCCCUGUAGACUGUUUGCUACACGUUGGUUCUAUGCUGAAAUAUGAACACAUUGUAAAUUGCCUUUAAGGAAACCUAUUGUGCUGUUUUUAAUGUUAGGCGAGGGGUACUUUUUUUAUAUUGUAACUUUGGUUGUAGUUUAUAAAGGAUUGAUCAUAGUUUAUUUGGCUUAAUUACUAACACUGAUUAUCUUUAUUUAUGAGUUGUAUACAAUUUUUCAGCAUGUAGCAAUACAAUGCCAAAGCUAAUGUGUGACAAUGUUUUGUACAAGUUGAUUAAAGUUGAGUUUUUGAUUAAAAGUUUGAAGGUUGUAGUGUA